AUGUCUUUACCUACAGACAUGGCCGGCGAUCUGCUGAGCUUCACAUUUGGAGGCCCAAAGCCCUACAACCUCAACCAACCUUUGUUUAUCGAUGCCGGAGAUCCCUCACGAUCAUUCACGGCGACCCAGUUCCGUCAACUGGUGCAGACGCUUAUCGCUGGUUUGAAGGCUCAUAACGUCAAACCGGGGGACUGUGUACUGUUGCAUCUAGGAAACAGCAUCGUUUAUCCUGCACUGUUCUUCAGUAUCAUUGGUGCUGGUGGAGUUUACAUGGGCUCCAAUCCCCGCAGCCAGCCUCAAGAACUGGAUCAUAUACUCAGCUUGGCCGAGCCCAAGUUGAUUCUCACCACCCACGAAGCAUUGCCUACCGUCCUCGAUGUCUCUGCCCCCAGAUGCAUCCAUCCGUCCCAAGUGCGUGUCGUCGAUGACCGAGCCAUUGAUUAUUGUGCCCAGUUGUUUCUGUGGUAUGAAUUGGGACACUCGGCUGCAGGAUCAUUCAUUGGAAUGCAUGAUGCCCAUCACAGCAAUUUCGCCGAUCUACUCUGUUAUGGCCAAAGUGACUGGGUGAGGUUCAACGAAACCAUCGCACAAACCACACCUGCAGCCAUGUUCACGACCAGUGGUACAAGCGGUUUGCCAAAGGCUGCUGUCCUGUCUCACCAUGCAAUUGUCUCACAACAUCGUUCAAUCUAUUAUGACGUUCCAUAUCCGGUUAGCCGACUCAUGUCACUACCCAUGUUUCACCUAUUUGGGGCCCUGUGGACACAUUUAUUCCCGGUCCGGUAUGGACACCCACUCUUCGUGCUGCCGAAAUUCGAGGUCAACGAGUUCAUCGCCACGGUCCACAAGUACAAAAUCUCCGAGACUUAUUUAGUCCCUGCCAUCAUUCACGCUCUCAACCAAUCGGCCCAGCCAGUGUCUGAAUACCUCACUUCACUGCGCUAUGUUGGUGUUGCCGGUGCCUGCAUCGAUGGCACUUCUAUUCAGGCCUUCCGUGACCGUCUGAACCCAUUGGCAUACGCAUGUCAAAUCUGGGGCAUGACGGAGGUAGGUGUGGUGUUCCAAACUCGCUAUGGCCAGCCCGGGGAUCCAGGCAGUAUCGGCACCCAACUUGCCGGGUACGAGGUGCGCUUAAUGGACCAAGACGGCAUUGUACAGGGUGAUCAGCGAGCCGGUGAGUUGUAUGUUCGCGGCCCCGGUCUAUUGAGCGCAUACAAGGGUCGGACCGACGCCCUGGAGCCUGACGGGUGGUACCGCACGGGAGAUGUGGCCAUGGUCAAACAAGGUCAAUACUACAUUGUUGGGCGCACCAAGGAGCUGAUCAAAGUUCGAGGAUGGCAAGUCGCCCCCGCCGAAGUUGAAGCCGUUCUCCUUCAACACCCUGGAAUCGUCGAUGCGGCUGUGAUCGGCGUUAACAAGAACGGACUGGGCGAGGUUCCCCGCGCCUUCGUGGUUCGCUCCCGCGACCCCACAAAAGGUCGCAUCACGGGGGAACAGGUGUAUCGCCAUGUCCGCCAACACCUGGCGAGUUACAAAUCCCUCGAAGGCGGUGUGGUCUUUGUUGAAGAAAUUCCUCGCACCGCCAGUGGCAAAAUCCAACGGUUCAAGCUUGACCAGAUGAACACCUAUCGUGAGAUGGUUGCUUCUCUUUUGUCGCGAUAUGAUGUGGAUGGUGCCUCUGAUAGCAGACGACGCACAAGACGUACCCCUGUGAGGGUCGCGUCCAAAAAGCGUGUCAGAGUUUGA